UGAAAUCCACAAACAUAAAAUCUGAACUAUUUUAAAAGAAUACAAUUAUUAUACAGUGUACCACAUUCUGUCUUUGUACCUAGUGUUUUAUUUUUAUAGCAAGUUAACAAGUUAAUGAGAAUAAAUAAUUAAUCAAAAUGAUGAAUUCUGAGAUUCGCAAACCUGACACGUUUUUGUAUUUUGCGUAUGAUGAUAACAUGGUAAACUUCCGUAUUAAAAUGUUCAAUCCAUCGGCAGAAUUUGUCUCUAUUGCUCGAGUUGAUAAUUACAGGUUGGAUUUUAUUAAGUAUGUCAAGUUUUGGGGUGGCCCGGUUGCAACUCUCGUGCCCACAGCAAAUGCUCACGUAUGGGGCAUCAUCUGGAGACUUCAUAACGACGAUCUUGAAUCUCUUAAUAAGCAAUAUGGUAUCGAGUCCGAUACAUAUUUCGUAAAACACCUAGAGGUCCUUACUCCAUAUAUGGGUACAUUCAAGUGUCGUACUUACCUGCAAACAAUUUAUCCCUUGCCUAGAGGUAACAGAGAUCCAAUUCCCGCUGAGCGAUGGCCGUCAUGGGGAUAUAAGAAAAUCCUAAUAUUUGGCGCUAGACAACAUGGUCUGCCACAGUAUUAUUUAAGAUUCUUGAGAAAGUUCAUAGAUAACGGUGAUAAAGGAUGCUUAAGAUCUGAUCGUUUACUAGUGCGCUAUGGAAGUAAUCAACCUUGCCUGUGUAGGGUACCUGGCCGCAUACCACGAAAACCUUUAAAGCUAGAUUUGAAAGCAAUUAGAGAAGCGAAACUGCUUCCACAGCCAGAUAAAGAAGGAAAGAAAGUCGAAUCAGAAAUUAAAAUUUGAAUGACC